AUGUCUACAACAACCACCUCUUCCGUCGCCUCCGCCACAACCGCCUGCACAGGAAAUGUCUACCAACUCCCAACAACAGACGCAGCUUGCGCAGCCGUCAUUUCAGGCAACAUGACCUCCGUAUUCGACACCUGCUGCAAAGGCAACAACCCCGUGAAAUACGACAACGACUGCGGAAUCUACUGUCUCGCUCAAGAGCAGACUGUCGAAAAGCUCCUCGAUUGUAUCCAGACAACAGGAAACAACUACCGCGAUGUCUUCUGCAAUGAUAGCCUGAAUGCAACUGCGACUGCCAAGGCUACUACCACUGCCUCUGAGACGAGCACAACGACUGGAACUACUACUUCGACGACUACGUCGACCACGAACGCAGCUGCUGGACAGCCUGUUUCGACUAUGGGGCUGGGUGUUCUUGCUAUGGUGUUGUUCUCCGGGGUGAUGGGUGUCUUUGCUUAA